AUGACUUCAUUCAUCUGGAAGCUGGUGGUCUUCUUCUUCCUGGCAGUGGGUUCUCUGGGAUCCCAUCCGCAGGUUCGGUCCCAGCGCCAGCAGACCCUCUCAGUGGGGUCUCAUCAGGUCCCUCCUCGGGUCUACGGGGGCUCUGAUGACCUUUGGCCCAUGGGGCAGAGCUCUUCUGAAGAACACAGUGCAGAGAGGUUGAAGGAGGUCCGACGAGGUGGUUACACAGCACCGGACUUUCAGGAGCGCCUGCACGCACGUUCCAACAGUGGGGCCAGUGAAGCUGGCGGCACACAGUCCUGGUUUCAGGAGUCUCUGCAUCAGCAGCAGCCACAGAGAAGCCAGCAGAUGUCACCAUCUGGAUCCUGGCAGCCUGCUGGAGAUGCCCCUGACUCAGCAUCAACAUCCCACUGUAAAAAUCGACCGAUUGACCUGGUGUUCAUCAUCGACAGCUCCCGCAGCGUACGCCCUGCUGAGUUUGAGAAGGCCAAAGAGUUCCUGCAGGACAUGGUGGGCAGUUUGGCCAUCAGCGCUGAUGCCACCCGCGUCGGCCUGGUUAAUUAUGCCAGCACAGUGAAGAUAGAAUUUCUGCUCAACACCUAUUUUGACAAGUCAUCCUUAAAGCAGGCUCUGGCCCGUGUCCAGCCCCUAGCAUCAGGCACCAUGACAGGCGUGGCCAUCAAGACCGCUAUGGAGAAAGCCUUCACCAAGGAGGCCGGGGCCCGAGCCUCCUCCAUGAACAUAGCCAAGGUGGCCAUUAUAGUGACCGAUGGGAGGCCUCAGGACAACGUGGAGGAAGUGUCAGCGGCAGCCCGAGCAUCUGGGAUUGAGAUUUACGCAGUUGGUGUGGACAGAGCUGACAUGACGUCCCUUCAGCUGAUGGCUAGCCAACCACACGAUGACCAUGUCUUCUAUGUGGAGACCUAUGGAGUUAUAGAGAAGCUGACUUCCAAAUUUAGGGAAACCUUGUGUGGUAAGAAUGAUGAUAGUGGGAGUGCAGAUAUUCCACUUGAAGUUGGAUUUGGUGGUAACGGACUAGACCUAAAAGGCAGACAAGACAGUAAUGGUUUGGAUGUGUGCGCUCUGGGACACAACUGCCAGCAUAUAUGUGUCAACAGUGGCAACUCGUACAACUGCAAAUGUCGCCCAGGAUACAUCCUGAACCCCGACAAGAAAACCUGCUCGCGUUCAGACGUUUGUGCCCAGGGACAUGACUGCCAGCACAUUUGUGUCAGCAGCGGUGACUCGUACGCCUGCAAGUGUCGAACGGGAUAUGUGCUGAACGCAGACCAGAAAACCUGCUCACGUUCUGAUCCAUGUUCCCAUGGACAUGACUGCCAGCACAUUUGUGAAAACAAGGAUGGCUCGUAUGUCUGCAAGUGUCGAGUGGGAUUUAUGUUAAACACGGACAAGAAGACAUGCUUCCGUUCAGACACAUGUGCGGAGGGACAUGACUGCCAACAUAUAUGUGUCAACAACGGCAACUCAUACAUCUGCAGAUGUCGGGAGGGAUUUGUGUUGAAUGCAGACCAGAAAACUUGCACAAGGUCAGACGCAUGUGCUCAGGGGCAUGACUGCCAACACAUUUGUGUCAACAAUGGGGCUUCAUACAUCUGCAAGUGCCGGGUGGGAUACAUGCUUAAUGUGGAUAAGAAAACAUGCUCACGUUGGGAUGCAUGUGCUCGGGGACACGACUGCCAGCAUAUCUGUCUCAAUAAUGGUGAUUCUUACAAGUGCAAGUGUCAAGAAGGAUAUUUGUUGAAUACAGACAGGAAAACAUGCUCACAGGAAUUGAGGAGUGAAAUCACACAAGAUGCCUGCAUGUGUGAAGCUCAAAUUUUUUUCCAGAAAAAAGUGCAGACAGCCAUUCAGGAGAUGAGCAGGAAACUUGAUGAACUUUCAGAUAAAGUGAAUAGAAUUGGUGGUAACCUCCUAAAAUAA